CUCUCUCUCUCCCUCCCUCUCCCUCUCUCUCUCUCCCUCCCUCCCUCCCUCUGCUCAACAUUCCUCUUUCUCCUGUUCGAUCACUCCCCUCCCUCUCUCUCUCUCUCUCUCUCCCUUUCUCUGGUUCACACCCUCCUCUGCUCUCCCGAUCAGUCUAUAUGUGAAGGGAGUUCCGUAUGGUUACAGACUCGGCUGGUGGAAGAAGUCAAAGCAAGGUAGUACAAUGGAUUGGUGUCAGUCCGAGCGAUGGAAAGGGCAGGAAGCAGAAGAGAGCAGAACCCAAAGAGAACUUCAACGAGGUGACGCCGGAGCAGCUGGUGUUGUUAUUGGAGCUCCUGCUGACGGAGGCGGAGCUAAGUGUGACGUCAUUGCAUAUGAUACAGAGAACCUAUGAUGUACAGAACAAGGACGCUGAGGCCAUGGGUGUUUAUCUGUAUGGGGAGCUGAUGGUUCAAGAGGACUCUGGGCAGCAGGCUCUGGCCAGGCGCUAUCUCUCAUUGGUCCAGGAUGAGAAGGACCAAUCAGCUCGCAGAGUGGUGGAGGAGCUGGUCGAAUGAGCUGGCACACAACUGGUACUGACCCGCCCAGCUGAGCCUUCUCAUAACUAUAGGCUGUCCAGCUGCCCGCCUUGGGACAUGAGAGGGAGAGGAAAAGCUGAGGAGUCACAAGGAAGUAAUGCUCUCACUACUUCAUCUCCAGACAGGAAGACAGGAAGACAGAACCAGAAUCCAACUUCUAUAUGGCUUCAUGUCCUUAUUUCCUUUCCUGCGUAAUCACUGAAGUGAAAGCAAAGAUGGUGGAUAAACAAAGAUGUCCCAUUUAGGAUUUUUACCCCAAAAAUUGUCAGUUCUGGUCUGCGUAACGGGGUGGCUCUCCCAUAGGCACCAAUGCAUUAUCAGCUGGGUCUGGUCUGCUUAGUUAAUUGACUGUAUAUGAACCAGAAAAAAGGAGGGACUGGGAUGUCUUGCUUUCUCAUCAGUCUUUGAUUGAACCUGGUCAGAAAUAUUACACUAUACACUCAGUGGCUAGUUUAUUAGUUACACACAUCUACUACUGGGUCGGAACCCCUUUGCCUCUAGAACUGCCUGAAUUCUUCGGGGGAUGGAUUCUAUGUUCAGAUACACUUUGCCAUUUAAACGUUGCUCAGUUGGACUCAAGGGACUUAAUGUGUGCCAGGAAAACAUUCCCCACAGCCACCAGCCUGUACCGUUGAGUCCAUGCAGGAUGGGGCCAUGGACUCAUGCUGCUUACGCCAAAUCCUUGCUCACCACUGUUGUACUGCGCCGUUAUUUGCUUGAUUGUGGCCCUCCUGUUAGCUUGCACCAUUCUUUCCAUUCUUCUUUUACCUCAACAAACUGUUUUCGAUCACAGGACUGCCGCAGACUGGAUGUUUUUUGUUUGUCACCCUAUUCUAAGUAGGAAAAGUCCAGGAAGCUGUCCGUUUCUGAGAUACUGGAACCGGAGCGCCUGGCAUCGACGAUCAUACCACGCUCAAAGUUGCAUAGGUCACUCGAUUUGCCCAUUAUAACAUUCAAUCAAACAGUAACUGAAUUCCUUGAUGUCUGCUUUAUAUAGCAAGCCACAUGACUCAACUGUCUGUAGGAGGGCAAACCAUUUUCGUGAACAGGGUAGUGCACAUAAAAAACUGUCCACUGAGUGUAUAGUACAUUAUAUUGGGAUGCCCACAGCUAUGGAGUGAGAACCUAUCCAGUUCUUUUGUCCAUGGGUGUUCCUAAUAGUGAGGUAUUUUGGGACACAGAUUGGUCGUUACACGAAAUGAGUCCCUUUUGGGUAGUGUACUCACAUCAUUUUAACAUUCUGUCAUAAAGAGCACAUGUUCAACUUAAUAAAAAAUAUGUUUUUCCAUCACAAGAGUUUCAAUUUAAAAAAAUAAAAGAGUAUGUACCUAUUAAGUGCAAAAUAACAGGGUUGACUGUAACAGGGUUGACGAUUUCAAUAUUAAAUCAGACAUAAAUCCCCUUCUAAAAGGAGGAAUGGAAACUUGUUUUUAAAUACCCUUAAAAUGAAUUGCUAAUCACAUGAAAUAAAUAACAAUCUCCAGAAAUGACUUUUUCAAAACAACAAAAUAUCUAGGGCUGCAUUCACAUGCUCGUCGGAACUUCCUAUUUCCUAGUUGUGACGUCAACUUUGUUUCAUUCAUGUGCUUUUAUGUCAGAACAAAUUCUUCAACCAAUAUGACUUUAGCUAGCUUGAUACUGUUAUUAAUUAUAAAGUUAGCUAGCUUGCUUAACAUUGAUGAUAUGGUCAAAUUAGCUAAAUGAUCCAUAUUUAUAAGGUUGCAAUCUUUUGGUUGAAAAGGUAAGUGGUGAAACGUCACAACUCGGCAACUAUAUUUUUCAGGCAGAACUGGGAUUUUCCGAUAACUCCGAUAUCAUGUGAAUGCAAGCUUUUCAAUGAUGGUGAAAACUGGAGGAACUUUGGGGUUAAGCGGGUUAAAAGACUCAACUCCACAGAGGGUGCACAGAGGAACAUGCCAAAAUUCAGCAUUUUGUCACUUUAGCAAACUAAAAAAAUGAUUUAUUUCAGUUGACAUGUGGUCUAUAUUAAAGGGUUUUUAAUUUAAUAUAACAUGCUUUUAAAAUUCUAAAUUGGUGCACAAUUUCUACUUAAAAUGUCAAAGGGAUGCAAAAGGGACUAAUUUUGUGGAAUAACCCAGAUAGUAGAGGGAGAAAGACAGACCAGAGUGUGUAAAGCCUGACCAUCGUGGUAAAUUCCCUUAGAGCUACUCAGUGUGUUUAGUCUGUGGCUGGGAUCUGCUCUAAGAGUUUACACUGGAAAUACCACCAAGAAACAUGUUUUGAUACUAUUAACCUUACCUCGCUAACUAUAACUCUGUAAUCAAGGGUUCUCAAAAAUAUAGGAAUCAAAGAGAAAUCUUAUUCUUAUGGCAUUUGUAAACAUGAAAUGUGGUCUUUUUAAUAAAGUGCUGGCUAGGUUGACAAGACAUUUAUUUUCCUCAGGAAAUGAGUCUUGCGACGAAUAUUUUCUACACUUAAUCAUGUGGACCAGUGGAUCUGUCAAUAAAAAAACAUUGUAAAACAAUGCACGUCUUUUUAAAAUUAAAUUAUAGACGAAAAUGUAUUUCAGUGUACACCACAGUUACACAAUAUGCACACAUAUACUUAUUGUUUUAACAUAUCAUUUAAUUGUUUUGCCCUAAAAGUGAUGUUAAGGAACAGUAUAAUUUCAGCCAGUAGUUUUGAGUGGUACUCACAGAGGCAAAACGGCACACAUUUUUUUGUGUACUACGUUAUCCAAUUGUGUUGUCAUAGCUGUCGC